AUGGCGGCCAGCAGCAGCCUCAAACGCAAAGCACACGCUGAACUCGUUGCACCUACUCAAAAAAGCACCGGAAGAUCGCAAAUGAGCAAAAACUCAUUUACGCUAGAAGAAGCUUUCAAAGCAUGGGAAAAAAAACAAAAGAAUGACUCAAAAAAUCAUAACAAAGUUCCACCUAACUUGAAAUUUGCGGGACGACGCAACCAUCAUUCCACUGUUGAUAAUGAAGGCUUCAUAGAGCCAAGAAAGUCUGUCAAGAUUACCUCUGCAAAUAAUUCAGAGAUGGCGACACCAACCACUUCAAACCAGUACCAGCCAACUUGGCUACAUUGGUUAAACCAACGCCUUGUAUUUUAUAUUACUUUAAAAAAAAAAAAAAAAAGUACCAGCCAACGCCAAAACAAUGAUGAAAAUGACCAAACUCCAGAGGCACAAAAAACAAAUGAAACUAGUCAGCAGAGUACAGAAACUCAAAACGCUAAAUCCUACAGGCCUCCUCCUAUUGAUGUUCAAGGAGAAAAAGUAAGUGUUACGAUCAAUACAUUAAGAAGCAUCAACCUGGACCAAGAAACCUUCAUAAUAACAAUGUCAAAAGGUUUACAUUCAGUUCAAGCUCGAAAUCAGACAACAUAUGAAACAAUUAAAGCGACUCUCAAAAUAAAAAAUAUUCAAUUUUACACUUUCCCACCAAGAGCUGAAAAACUCAAAUCUUUGCUGCUCAAAGGUAUGAGCGAAGACAUUACCACGGACCAAGUUCUAAAAGACUUGACCGAAAAAAAUAUUCGAUUCGUAGAAUUUAAAAAAGUUACAGAGCUAAAAUUUAAGCGUGAUGAUGUACCUAAAAGGCACCUGAUCGUACAAGUAACUCAAACCAGCGGCUUAAAAGAGCUGUUCAAAAUUAGACAAGUUCUCAAUCUGAAAGCCAGAUGGGAACGACUAAGAAGAAAUAAAGUGCUCCAAUGUAUAAAGUGCCAAAGGCUAGGUCACACCGCAGCGAACUGUGAAAUAGACUACAGGUGUGUUAAAUGCGGCAACUCACACUUGCCAAAACAAUGUCCACUGAACGGCGAAACCACCAGAGCUAACUUCAAAUGCGCAAACUGUGGCCAACCUGGGCACCCGGCUAAUUAUGCUGGCUGUAAGUUUAUAAAAUUUCAAAAAAUACUAAAAAAUGAAGCUCACACGCAGAAAAGUGAAUCUCUUGAAAGAAAGAUAGAGUUGAUAAACAGGAGAAUAAAUCCACAAAAUUCUUAUGCCAAUGCCAUGACAUCUCAAAGGGAUUCAUUCCCACCUCUGUAUUCAAGAAAUCAGACCAACAUCUCUACGUUCCAGGGAGACCCCCUACCUCCUCCUCCUGUGAACACAACGUCACAGACCUACAGACUCCAGCCGCAGUACCACCAGCAGCAGACACAGCAAACCAAUAAUUCUGAACCACAGCAAAAUUGGGCAACAAAAAUCACAAAUGAAAUUAGUGAGCUAACCAAUGCUAUAAAAGAAAUGAGUGUCAACUUAAAUCGCAGCAUAACGACCAACUCGCGGAAGAUCAAUUUCCUAUUUGCCUAUCUCAAUCUCCAAUAUGAAUAG